AUGUAUCCACUAUACUAUGAGAAAAAAAUCGUAAAGAAAUUGAUAGAACAAGAUUCCUUAAUAAUAUUAGCAGAUGGAUUUAAUGAACUAAACAUUUUAGCAAUUUUUAUAUUUUAUUAUCAAAACAGGUGUUUAUGGGAUGAACAAUAUAUAAAUAACGAUAACAUAUUUUUUGAUUUAUUCAAUUUGAAUAAAUAUAAUAAAACAUAUGACAACGGACAUAUAAAAGUGGUACAGGAUGAUGGACAAGAAAAAAAUAUACAAAAUGAAAGUACCACAAAAUAUACGUUAAAUAAAAAUAAAAUACAAAAUGAUAAUGAAGUGGAAUAUUAUAUAGACGACUCGGAUAAUUCUGAUGAAUCUAAAAAAUAUGACAAGUCUAAAAAAUAUGACAAGUCUAAAAAAUAUGACAAAUUCGAUGUUACCACCUGUCGAAAAAACAUAAUAGAUAACCUUUUUGAUAACUAUACAUAUAAGGAACCAAAUAAUGAAUUUCCAAAAAAUAACAAUGAAAUUAUAUUAUUAGACCAUCCUGAGGAAAAAGAAAAAACGGAGAUAAAGGAAAAUGACAUUGAUAUUAAUAAGAAGAAUGAUAAUUGUAAUAAUAUGUGUAAUAUUAACAAAUCACAAAACAAUCAUUUAAAAGAUAUGUGCACCCAAAAUAAACUGAUUUUUAUAUUAAACGUCACUCCUAAAGAAUACAAUAUUUUUUUGAAAUAUCAAUUAUCCUUAUAUGAACAAAUUAAUGAAAUAGAUGAAAGAUAUAAUGAUAAAAUAAAAAUAAAUUAUUUCAAAACUGAAUAUAUAAGAGAUCAAAAAUCACACGAAAGAAUAGAGAUGUAUAUAAAGAGAGGUGUGUACUUCAUUUCUUCUAAUGUGCUACUAAUAGAUUUAUUAACAUUUAAAAUAAUUCCUGAAAUUAUUGAUGGAAUAUUUAUUUGUAAAAAUCAUAGAUUGAUAUAUAAUAUGAAAGAAAUAUUUAUUAUCGAGUUAUAUAGGAAAAGAAAUAAAUUUGGUUUUAUUAAAGGAAUAAGUAAUAAUAAAAAAUUAAUAAAUCAUCAACAUAUUGUUAAUUUAGCUCAGAAAUUAUUUAUGAAAAGAAUUUAUUGUUAUCCAAGAUUUCAUAAACACAUACAUAUAUCGUUAAAUAAUAAAUUUUUACAACCACACAUAUAUGAAAUUAAUCUUGAUAUUCCAAAUGUUCUUUUAAAAAUAGAAGAAAAUAUACUUAAUAUUUUACAUUACCUUAAUCUAGAAAUAAAAAAAAAUUAUAAUUUUCAUGAUUUUGAUUUAAACCCUUUAUUAUAUUCUGAAAAUGCAGAAGCAUAUGUACUUAACUAUAUUAAGACAAAAACACUUAAUUAUAAUACUAAAAAGUUAUUAAAAGAAAUUAUUACAUUAGUUAAUAUGUUAUGUAAUUUGUUUAUAUAUGAUUCACUUAUAUUUUAUAAUUAUCUUAAUAAUUUAAAAGAAGCAGAUAAGGAAUGUAUUUGGUUAUAUUGUAAUGAGGCUAACGAAAUUUUUUAUUUAUCAAGAGAAAGAAAUAACCAAUUUUUAAAUCAAAUGGAUAUAUUAGUCAAUCAAAAUGAUAUAAAUAAUACACAAAAUAUUAUUAAUGUCAUACAGUAUGAUAAUAAUUAUUUUCAUAAAUCAUAUCAAGUUAAAAAAGAAUCUAAUCAAUUAUAUAAUUGGGUAUAUGAAUUAGUUUAUAAUAGAGAUAUUGAAAAAAACCAGUAUGAAAAGAUAAUUGAACAGAAAGAAAGAAUCAAAAAUAAAAAUCUCAUGAAAAAAAAAUUUAUAUUAAAUAAAAAAAAACAUAACGAAUCAAAUAAAAAACCUCUGAACCAUAACAAACAUACAGAAGACAGAACAUCUAUUAUAUUAAACAAUAACAUAAAUAUAAAACAUUCAAAAAAUGGUAAUAGUAAUAGUAAUACUACAGAAAAUAACAAUAAACGAAGGAAAAUAAUAAAAUUACAAAAAUUUAAUGAUAAUAAUAGUAAUAAUGAAAAUAUGUAUAAUUUAAUAAAAAAAGAAAAGGAUCAUAUUAUACAAAUAAAAUCUUCAGAUACUGAAGAUAAUUCUGUUAAUAACAAAAAUGGUAUUAUUAAAUCUGAUGAACAUAUAGUUAUUAAUGAUCACAAAGAAUGUAAAUACCAGAUGGAUAAAAUAAACCUUGAUCAAAGAAAUGAUAAUAACAUUAUGCAUAUGUAUAAAAAUCAAACAAAAAUAAAUAAAUCAAUGGAUAAGAUAGAAUAUCCAAUAGUAAUAAUAGUUGACAAUUUUUAUAUGCAAAAAGAAUUUUAUAAUUUGCUUCUUCACACAAAUGAUGAUAAAGUUAAAAAUACGGAUAGCAUAACUAACCCAAACAAUAAUCAUAAUAAUAACAAUAGUGGUGACAAUAAUUUUGAGUGUGACAAACAUUUAAAUAUACUUAUUAAAGACGAAAAAGAAAAUAAAAUUACUGACAAUUAUAUUACCGACGAUUCUGUUAGUUCUCAAGAAAGUUUUAAUAAUAAUAAUAAUAAUAAUAAUGUCAACAUGUCAAAUAAUGCAAACCUUUUCAAUCUACAAAAUAAUCCUUUUAAUAUCCCUUAUGAUAUGAUUAAAAAUAAAACACGCAAUCUCAAAUAUAUUAAACCACAUAUAUAUAUUUUAUGCAUAAAUAAGAACUAUGAAAAUAUUUAUACAAAAGAUAAUUUUGUUCAAACGCUACAUCAAAAAAUUGAUGCAAUAAAUAAGAAGCACGAUAUAGAGCCCAAUCGCGAAGACGAAAUUAAAUUAAAUGAACAAAGUGAAGUAGAUGGGAAAUCCAAAAAAAAUGCCAAAAAAAAAAAAAAAGAAAAAAAGAAAGACCAUCACAAUAAACAACAAACGAAUGACGAACAAAAUAUUCUUAAGAACGAUGACCAUUUGGGAGAUGAUAAUUUUUUUCAAAUAAAUGAAUAUUGUGGAAAUUUGGAUUUUUUAGAAAUAUUCUUAAUGACAAUUAAACCGUAUCGUAUAAUUUUGACGACCCUUGAUUUGAAUAUUUUUAGGAAUGUCGAAAUAUAUUGUGCUCGUCUUUUUCAAUAUAGUAUAUACCAAUUACAUGAGGAAAAAUAUUUUAAGUAUAUCAUGAAGUAUGAGAAGGAUAAUUUUAUAUAUGUUAAAAAUAAUGAAAAUAAUAUUAAUAAAACGGACGAUAAUAAAAAUGAUGAUAAUAAAAAUGAUAAAAAUGAUGAUAAUAAAAAUAAUAAUAAUAGUAAUAAUAAUAAUAAUAAUGAUUAUAAUGACAAUAAUAAUAAUAAGAAGAACAAAUGUUAUAUUCAUAAUAAUAAUCAUAGUUCCAGCAGUAUCAACACAAAUUCUACCUAUUAUAAUAAAGACCACCAAAAUAAUCUCAUAAAAACAGAAAUGAAGGAUGAUAAUAAUACAUUUCAAGGUAAAAAAAAAAAAAAAAAAAAAAAUGAAUCCAUAUAUGAACCAAUUGAUGUAUUCAAUAAAUUAAAAAUAUGGAAUGAUAUGUGCAACAAUGUAGAAGUGUUUUUAAUAUUCUUUAAGAAUAAUAUACAUUACAAUAAAUAUUUAAACAAAGUUAAAGUUGAAAAAUCCAACUGGAUAAAUUUUCUUGAGAAUCGAAAUAAUUUACGUUUUGAAUUAGAUAGAAAUGUAUUCAACAAAAAUGAAGAACUGUUUAAAAAUGUUAUAAAUUCAUAUUUAAAAUUUCAACAAAGAUUUAAAGAUAAUAAAAAGAAUAUAACAAACUUUAACCAAUCCUUAUGUGAUGAAUUUAAAAGUUUCCAAGAUGUUAAAAUUGAUGAAUAUGCUGUAGAAAAUAAUAAUGUUCUAUUAGAUAAUCAUUAUAACAAUUUUAUAAGUAUGGAAGAAGAAGAAAUGUUUAUAAAAAAUUAUCAAAAUAAAAUGAAUAAAAAUAUUUCUUCUUUUACAUUUGAUGAAAAAAUUAUACAACAAAUUCAAGAAAUUCUACACAAAUUUUCAAUAGAUUCAUUUAAUCUUAAUUUUAUAUUAUACAGUAUUUUUAAUAACACAAAACCUAUUGUUAUUGUGGAUAUAAGAGAAUUAAAAUCUGAUUUAACAUAUAAAUUAUAUAAAAGUAAAAUGCAUAUUAUACCAUAUUCAUUAUUAGUAGGAGAUUAUAUAUUAACCAAAGAUAUAUGUGUUGAAAGAAAAUCAAUAAUCGAUUUAAUACAAUCCUUAAAUAAUAAUAGAUUAUAUAAUCAAAUAAAUCAAAUGUCUAAAUAUUAUCAAACUUAUGUAUUACUCAUUGAAUUUAAUAACAAAAAUUUAUUUUAUUUUGCAUCAUUAAAUGAUAAAUAUUCAGUCUACACAAAACUCAUUAUGAUAUGCAUUCAAUUUCCUAAACUCAAAAUAUUGUGGAGUCCCUUUUCUCUUUUUACUGUCAAACUUUUCUGGUCAUUAAAAGUUAAUGCUAGUCAACCCGACAUUUUCAAAUCACUACAUAUUGAUAUGACCCUACAAAAAAAUGUUCGAGAGGAGUAUAUUAUAAGUAAAAAUAAGGUUAAGAAGGCAAAGGAGGUGGAUGAUCAAAAUAAUUCAACAGGUACAAAGCAAAUUAAGGAUAAAGAGAUACAAGAGGAUAAUAAUCGAAAAAAUGAUGAAUUAGUAGUUCAGACAAAUAACCAUCUGGAAGUUCAAACAAAUGACCACCUGGAAGUUGAAAAAAAUGACCACCUGGAAGUUCAAACAAAUGACCACCUGGAAGUUCAAAAAAAUGACCACGUGGAAGUUCAAAAAAAUGACCACGUGGAAGUUCAAAAAAAUGAUGAAGAAAAUGUAGAGAAUAAACAAGAGACAUAUAAAUACGAAACCAUAUAUGAUCUUUUUGAUAAAAAUUUAUAUCAUUUACAAAAUAUAGAAGAUGAUCAAGAAAUAAAAAAGGUUGAAAAUGUAACAAAUUGGAAUGCAAUCGAAAUUUUAAAAAGUCUACCAGGGGUAAAUGAAAAAAAUAUGCAUUAUCUAAUAAAUAAUAUUAAAUCAUUAAGACAUUUAUGUGAACAAACAUUAGAGCAAUUAGAAAAUUAUAUGAGCAAAUCUAAUGCUAAAUUGUUGUAUGAUUUUUUAAAUGAAAAUAUAUCAUAA